AUGGCCGCGCGCUCUGAGCCGCAUGGCUCUGCCUGCCGCCCUGGACUCUCAUUCCUCCAAGACGCCAAUCCAAACCGCAGAACAUGGCUCGAAGACGGCUCGAAUCCCACCUGUAAGAGCACAUGUGGCAGCGAGCCAUCUCGUUCUAUCGAGAGCCACGACGAAAGACAAGGCGUCCAAGAUCCCACUUGUCAUCGAAAACACCGGGACGCCGACAUGCGCAGCAUUCUUAGGGAUCAUUGUCUCCGAGCUCAGUGCUAUAAUCGUGGCCGUCACCGCAGGCAUGGUGUACCGGUCACCUUGGGCUUUUCUAUGGCUGGCGGCGCUGGCCUUGCGCCUGCUCGGCGCGGUAUUCUCCCUCAGUCGAGAAUCACUCGUGCCCUUGCCAUUGGAGCGGGUCUGCGAGAAGACCUACGACUUUCAGAUUCAAGGUCCGCAGUCAGAAGGAAACUUUAUGAACAUCACCGGCGCGCCAUCAGUAGUCCUGUUAGUUCUUCCGCCAUUACGGGCAUCCCGUCCGGGACAGGCCCCGUGAGAUUAUCCAGCUGA